UCUAGGACAAACUUCACAAAAUGACCAUUUUUACGGACGUUCCGGGUUUUCCGGAAGGCCGCCUGGUGGCCACCUGCGGUCAUAGCAGUGUGAGAAAUGUGUUUUAGCUUAUACAUGCCCAUCAUAAAUGGUUUAGAAAAAAUUGCGCUGCUCUCGGACGAACUUUCCAGAAUGAUCAUUUUUACGGACGUUCCGAAUUAUAAGGAAGGCCGUCUGGUGGCCACCUACGGUUAUAGCAGAAUAAGAACUGUGGAAUAUCUCCAAAAUCACCAUCAGAAAUGGUUUAGAAAAAAUUGCGCUGCUCACGGACGGACUUUCCAAAAUGACUAUUUUUACGAACGUUCCGGGAUUUCCGGUGGCCACCUGCGGUCAUAGGUGAGUGAGAAUUGCGAAUUAACUCCAAGGUUAUUAUCAGAAAUGAUAUAGAAAAAAUCGCGUUACUUUAGGAUAAAUUGUUAAUGAAAUAAAUAAAUAAUUCAUUACUGGUCACUUUUACCAGUGCACCUGAGCCUUUUAUUUAGUUAUAUUUACCCGAGCCUUCUAUCGAAUCACUUUCAUUAUCUUUUCAAUUGAUGAAGAACUAUUUUUUGAGGAAUACAUGAUGGUUUGGUGCAAAUUAGUCAACUGACUAAAAAGUUAUCUCAUUUUUACUCAAUGUGUUGUACUUUUUACAACGGUGCGAGUCCCGGAAGGUUAAGUAAUUCCAAAGUGAAUCCUUUUGGGAUUUCAAAGGGAAACCUUCAGGGAUACCAAAGGGAAUUCUUUAGGGAUUCCCACCGCAAUCUUGGACAAUUUUCUUUGAAAUCACGGAACGAUUUUCUUCGGAAUCCUGAAACCAUUCCCUUCGGAAUGGAGCAAGGAUUCUCCUCGAUUUCCAGCAAUAAUUUUCUUUGGAAUCUCAUAAUGAUUCUCGAUGCCAUCCCAUAAGGGUUGCGUUUGUAAUUCCAGAAUGGGUUUCUUCGGAAUUCCAGAAGGGUUCUCUUCGGAAUCCGGGAAAUGUUUCCUUUCCAUACCGAUGUUAAUGCUGUCUGCUUGAAGCUUUAUGAAAUCCAAAUCAAUGGUUCAGAUAACAUCCCAAUUUCCUUCAUCAAGUUACUAUGUCCUUUCAUCCUUCCGCUACUAUCACAUCUCUUCAAUAACAUCAUCGACUUCAAAAUCUUCCCGAAUAUCUGAAAAAAAAAGCCAUAACCCCUAUUGCCAAAUCAUCCAACCCAUCUUAGCCAAAAGACUUCCGCAAGAUCGCCGUCUUACCAGCCAUCUCCAAGGUUCUUGAGAAGAUUCUACUUGUACAAAUUACCGAGUACCUCAAUUAUCCUAACCCGCCACUGCUUGCGUGUAUAAUCAAUCUGGUUAUCGAAAGGGAUUUAGCACGACUACACUGCCGUGAAUCGCAUAUUUGUCCCAUAUGAAUAGGAAACCCAGCAAAGAUGGGACAGAGAUGCGAUUCACGGCAGUACAGCUCUUACAAAGGUAGUCCAUUAUACAUAUAUAUAGUAAUUUCGAAAAUCACCGCUGCAUUGUCUUGGUGCUCGUCGAUUUUUCGUUGGCGUUCAACUGCGUCGAUCAUCAGAUACUUGAGAACAAACUCAAUCACGAGUUCCUGUUUUCACUUGAUGAUUGUGGCCUAAUAUGACCUUUCCUUAGUGGUCGAUCUCAGAACGUGUGCUUGCGAAAUUCAAUGUCUACUGUAAAAGAGGUUCCAGAUGGUACACCACAAUGAUCCUGCCUGAGUGCGCUGCUCUUUAGCAUGUGCAUUAAUAGCCUGCCAGCAAGUCUAAGUGCAAUUGGCACUUGUACGCCGACAACUACUUGUCUGGGCCUAAAGCAGAAGUUGACAACAUUGUACGGCGCAUCUACGAAGAUCUUGCAGCUAUGGUCUGUUGGGCAAAGGUGAACCGCCUAUUCCCUAACCCAAAGGAAACUCAAGCGUUUAUUUUCUGUAAGUCAGGAACAGUUGUUCCGGAUGAGAACAUCUUUUUCAGUGGUUCAAGGAUUCCACUAAGUAACAGUGUAACAAACCUUGGCUUGCAACUCGACUGCAAAUUAAGUUGGGCACAGCAGGUGAAUGACGUGGUGAAGAAGAUGUAUAACACUCUGAGGACAUUCAGGCGAUUUGUCUCUGUGCCCUCGAUACAAACAAAACGAAAGCUAGUGCAAGCCGUAAUACAGUCAACUUUCGUUCGUUGGGCUAAACCCGUAGCCCACUUAGUGAAAGGCUUUCAUUAGUUGGGCUGAGACGUCAAAGCUUAAAACGCAUUGAGGGACGCAUCGAUCGUUUGUUAUUGUCAGGAUCGUUGCAGAAACGUUUAUAAGUUUUUUCGAUUUAUGAAAAGUGAAAUUUAUUAUUUUGGUUGUUGAUCUUGUUUUCGAUUUGUUCUUGGGUACAAAAAUGGAUAACACCCAUGCAAAAAUGGACAAAAAACGAAAAAAUAUCGUGUUGACAUUAGUGGAAAAGGUGCGUAUAAUAGAAGAUUUUGAAUCUGGAGGCGCAACGCAUGAUACGCUAGGGAAGAAGUACGGUAUAGGAUCUUCUACUGUAACCAGGAUUAUACAGAAAAAGGAAACGAUUCGAGCAGCAGCGGAGAAAUUUACCGAAUAUGGGGUGGAUAACCGAAAGACAUUGAGGGAGCAGAGGUUCCCUUUGCUGGAAGAAGCUCUCUAUGUCUGGAUUCUCCAGCAGCGACAGUCUCAUAUUCUGUUAACGGUGGAAAUUCUGAAAACAAAGGCGGAGCUUUUGUUCAAGCUGUUGCAGGAUAAAGGGCACUACGUCGUGCACAAAUUUUCGGCCUCAGACGGCUGGAUGCAUCGCUUCAAGCAGCGGUUUGGAUUGCGGGUUAAAACGGUAGCGGGUGAAAAGGCAUCUGCAGAUGUUGGAGCAUACCUGAACUUUAAAGCGAUUCUACAAAAGAAAAUUCGUGAUAUGCAGCUGUCGAACUCUCAGGUUUUCAAUGCAGACGAAUCUGCACUUUUUAUCAAGCUCUUGGCUACCCGUUCUGUUGUUACGCACACUGAAACCAUGGCGAGUGGGCGAAAGCAGAAUAAAACCAGGUAUACGUUCAUGCCAUGUUCUAAUAUUGACGGAUCGCUUAAGCUUCAGUUGCUUUUUAUUGGAACAGCUGCAAAGCCACGGGGACUGAACACAGCAACACUACCCGUAUCGUAUUGUCAUUCCAAAAAAGCUUGGAUGACCAAACAGUUAUUCCGUCAUUGGUUCUAUGAGGAAUUUGUCCCCGCAGUGCGGAAAUUUUCUCUCGAGCAAGGCUUUGAACCAAAGGCAUUGCUCGUGCUUGACAAUUGUACCAGUCAUUAUGAUCUAGACGAUCCUCUGCAAAGUGAUGACGGGCUGAUUCAGGUUAUUUACCUUCCUCCAAAUGUCACCUCUGAGUGUCAGCCAAUGGACCAAUCGGUUAUCAAUGCAAUGAAGCGGAAGUACAAAAGAAAACUGAUGUUGAAGCUGAUCUUGGAAAACGAGCAUUUGACAUUCGAAGACCGUUUGAAAAAGAUUACCCUUCAGCAGUGCGUCGUAUGGUUGGCUUCUUCUUGGGAUGAAAUUUCCGCUAAUACCAUCCGGAAUUCUUGGCGCAAAUUAAUCGAUGAUUUGCCGAACGAUACUACCGACGAAGGGACGAACGCAGGCGAUGCGGAUUUCAAAACACUCAUUGCGAGUAUCGACCAUCUUUCAGGAACUAGCACAUCUGACGAAGACAUCGAUCUGUGGAUGAAGGAUCAAGUGUAUGAUGCUGACCAUAACCCAGAUUGGGUCACCAGUGAAGUGUUUUCAGAUGAAGAGAUCUUGUCAUCCGUCCUUCAUAAAGGUCAACCGAAAAUGCACGAGGAAUGGUUGGAAGAAUCGACAGAGAACAGUAACAACUCUCUUGAUACUUCCGCUACAAAUACCGAAGAUCCAGAAUUUGGAGACGCAAUUAAGUCACUUGAUUGCGUAAUUCGUUUUGUGAAACACGAUGCAGCAGAAGUUUGUCGUUUGAACGCUCUACGCACAAAACUCAUUGAAGCGGAAUGGCUAAAACGAACAUGUUGA